CCGUCGCUUAAAAGUGCGUAUAACAACCAUAGCAUCCAGGUUUAUCCGGUAGCGGAUAUUUUCGCCUAGCUUCACGCAAUGACAACCAACAUCUACAUAUAAUAUGUGAAGAAUGUUGUGGUACGAGGCGCGGAUGAUGUUUGUAUAAAAUGCAGUAACGCGGUCCAACAAAUAUUUCCUUUAAUUCAUUCAUAAAUAGCACAUGAAUUUCGGGAAAAUUUUUGGCCGUCCCAGUGCACAGGUUGUUUUCUUCCGGACGGUGGAUGUCAUUUAUUUUGAGCAGGCGAUUGUGCUGAAUGCUCUGAGCACAUGCUAAUUAUGUAAUUAAUACCAUCCGUGCCAUAUAUAGUGCCUGGAAAAUGUGGGGGAGUCCAAGUGUUUACGCUGUUGCCCGUCUGUAGGAUUAUUACAUAUACUACACUUGGGUCACCGGAAGCCAGUCCCCCCGAAUUGUCCUGUUUUUUCCUGCAUUCCAUUCAGAUUUCACGCCUCACCUGCUACCACUUAAUCUGCUGAAUAUUCAUUGAGAAAUCUUGCUCCCUCUUCCAUGCCGCGCGCACGGGGAUAGCGCGUCAAAUUGAGAGAGAGUGAGAUCGUGGCGUUGAGGAAAUUUUUUCCAGCUGUAUCAUCACAAUAUGAAGCUGCCAAACAGACCUCGAUUGUUGAAUCCAUCUAAGCGGCAACGUUUAGUAAUGAUUCUCUGAUCUGUGCUGUGAAUAUCCCCCCAGCUUAUUCUGAACAGGCGCUAAUACGGUUUGUGUAUAGUAGUGCAUGUCGCCCGUUGGUUAUUGAUGGUAAAGACAUUCCGGAGGAUGCGUAGUGUGGCUGACAAUUAGAUUACAUUCAGCAUGGGAUCCGUAGGAGCAUGGCUGCCGUUUACCCGUGCAACGGCCAUCGGCUGGGCACCCUUGGCCGAGCAGCCAUUACCCGAUCCGCCCCAGCCGAACAAAGAUCCCACUAAGGUUAAUCAUAAGGUGGUUAUCAAUGUCAGCGGGCGGGUGUUCGUUACACGACGCAGCACACUCGAAAAGCAUCCCAAUACACUGCUCGGCUCAUCGGAGAGGGAGUUCUUUUACGAUGAGGAUACGGCUGAAUAUUAUUUUGAUCGUGAUCCGGAAAUGUUCCGUCAUAUUCUGAACUAUUACCGUACGGGCAAACUGCAUUUUCCCAAGCACGAGUGCAUCGCAUUGUUCGAUGAGGAACUGACCUUUUUCGGUAUCCAGCCCGACAUUAUUGGUGACUGCUGCUAUGAAGAUUAUCGUGAUCGAAAGCGCGAGAACAACGAGCGUCUGACUGACGACAAACUGGAUGAAGGAGCUAAUGAGGCAAAAGUGCCGCUGCGGCUACGGGAGAAGAUGUGGAGAGCGUUCGAGAAUCCGCAUGUAGGGACGGCAGCCUUAACAUUCUACUAUGUCACUGGCUUUUUCAUUGCAGUGUCUGUCAUUGCUCACAUUGUGGAAACCGUUCCUUGCGGCAGACUGCCACUGGAAACACCCGGACAGAAAAGUCAACCGCUAUCCUGUGGCGAACGCUAUGAGUUUGCUUUCUUCUGCCUGGAUACCGCCUGUGUGAUAAUUUUUACAGUUGAAUAUCUGCUCAGAUUGUAUGCGGCUCCGGAUCGUUGGAAAUUUAUGCGGAGUGUUAUGUCCAUAAUCGAUGUGGUGGCUAUAAUGCCGUACUACGUUGGACUUUUAAUGGACAAUGAACUUUCCGGAGCCUUCGUUACUUUGCGUAUUUUCCGUGUCUUUCGUAUUUUCAAAUUUUCUCGACAUUCCCAAGGGUUGAGGAUAUUAGGCUAUACGCUAAAAAGUUGUGCCUCCGAACUUGGUUUCCUGGUAUUUUCCCUUGCCAUGGCCAUUGUAAUAUUCGCCACUAUAAUGUACUACUGUGAGAAAAAUGAUCCGCAAACCAAAUUUACCAGCAUACCAGCUGCAUUUUGGUACACCAUCGUCACAAUGACAACGCUUGGGUACGGAGACAUGGUACCGAAGACUAUCGCCGGAAAAAUUGUCGGCGGCGUCUGCUCUCUAAGUGGUGUACUUGUCAUUGCCCUGCCGGUUCCUGUAAUAGUCUCCAACUUCUCCAGAAUUUAUCAUCAGAGUCAACGGGCCGAUAAAAGGAGAGCUCAAAAGAAAGCACGAAUGGCCAGAAUUAAACUGACAGAAAAUGCCCGUGGCGUGGCGUUUAUUACCAAAAAGCGUGCGGCGGAAAGCCGUACGAAGACCAGUGUAGAUAACGACGAACUGAGUCCAUCCAGACCCGGCAGACUGGUGGAUGAUGGCCGUAUCGAUUUAUUCGAUCUACAGCACCAUCAUCUCGUAACAUGUCUGGAGAGAACAACGCAACGCGAACUGACGGAAGCGGAUCUGAUUCUGGGCGGAUCAACAAUGCCCCAGCAACCCGUGACUGUGGAGUCCAUUCUCCAGCCACGAGGUCGCCGGCAGUCCGAAGAACAACGAAAGCGAGGCUCACCGGCCAACGGACGCCGUAAACGUGUCGUUUCCUUUUCAUCAAAUUCCGGUAGUAAUUUUCCGGGCACAAGGAGAUUACGCGUAUCCAUCCGCCGGAUUGCUUCCAGUUUCCGUCGACAGCGUCCAAAAACGGACUCGGAAAGGCCGGAAUUCGAGGAACGCACUCGUCCACAAAGGUCACAUGAUGAGGAGAUGACGUUGGUAUACCGGCCGUAUGACCGGCAUAGUGACCGCAACCAGACAACUACCGCGAUUCCGGAGGAAGAAGUCUUGUCACUCAACGAGGAAAUGGCUUCGUACGGUUCCGGUUUACAAUUGCACCAGCAUGCCCCACUCAUACACGCCUCUGACAUGAAUUCUGCAUCCAGCAAGCAUCCUUACACAGACUUGCCGAGAUGAAACAAUAGAAAAAAAUUUUCAUUGUUCCUCUGAACCCUGUUGGACACGCUAGUAGUUGUGGGUGCGUCAAAAACGAUGUGGAUCUUCUUGUCGACACCAGCACAAUGUUUUCCAGAUGGUCAAACCACAAACGAUCGAGGAUGAAGUGAUAGUUAUAAGCUAGGAGGAAAUUCAUUCAGAAUUACUAGCAAUCUAGAUUACAGAUCUGCUGUAGCGUGGAGUUACUAGAAGUACUUUCAAUGAUCUUGUGAACAGAUUUGUGCAGAUGUGCACACAGUUGCGAGGAUGUAAAUGGUAUGGAAAAUUUACUCACCUUUGUGUAUAAAUCAAUGUUAUUCGGGGGCUAAUCAACAAAAUUUAGAAACAAA